AUGGAUACGUGGCAGUGCCAGCGCUUAGCCGCCUAUCGCUUCGUCGCCUAUUCGGCGGUCACUUUCUCGGUGAUAGCCGUUCUGUCCAUCUGUAUUACGCUACCGAUGGUCUACAACUAUAUCCAUAGUGUGAAGCGAUCCAUGCACCAUGAGAUCAACUUCUGUAGGAAAUCAGUGAAAGACAUCUGGGGAGAAGUGACCAACAUCAAUAGCGCCUCAAAUCGUACUGCCCGCCAAGCGGAGAUUUCAGCGGAAAGCUGCGAAGGCUGUUGCCUUCAAGGACCAGCAGGACCACAAGGAGCGCCCGGAAAACCUGGUCGUCCAGGUAUCCCGGGUAUUCCAGGAUUACCAGGCGCUCCAGGACGACCACCAAUGUAUCCAUGCAUACCGGUAACGCCGCCGCCAUGCCAACCAUGUCCACAAGGACCUCCUGGAAUGCAAGGAAUGCCGGGACCACCUGGACCACAAGGCGAACCUGGACGCCCGGCAGAAAGCUAUGGAGAGGCAAAGAUGGGACCACCCGGACCAAAGGGAGCGCCUGGACUCCCAGGUAACCCUGGAGCUGCAGGACUUCCUGGUGAGCCUGGAAUCAAUGCCGUGACUUACAUGGAAGGUCCCGGUGCUCCAGGACCUUCAGGACCUCCAGGUCCUCCAGGAUUACCUGGGCCAAACGGAUUGCCCGGCGUUGUCUCACAACCAGGCGAACCAGGACCGAAAGGCCCAUCGGGUCCACCUGGUCCACCUGGACCUCCAGGAAACCCCGGUGCACCAGGAGAGCCUGGAGCCCCAGGACGUGCUGGUGAGCAUGGAAUAUGUCCGAAGUACUGCGCUAUCGACGGUGGUGUGUUCUUCGAAGACGGUACACUUCGACGUCGUUAG